GAUGACGACGACGGCGACGACUCAAACCCUAAUUAAACCCCUCCUAGCUUAAUCACACACUCGUGAUACAGCAUUCUCUCCACUUACUCCAUCCCGUACGUGAUAUGCCGCCGGCGGCGCCGGUCGAAGACGGCGGCGGCGGCGGCGGGGAGGAGAGGGCGACGGGGCGGAGCAGCUGCCACGUGGCGUGGCUGGCGUGGUGGCGCGAGCAGGUGCGGUGCCUCGUCGCCUCCACGCUCCUGCCGUGCGACGCCGACGUCCUCGGCCUCUCCUCCUCCCGCCGCCCGCCGCCGCCCACCGUAGUCCGCGGCACGCUCUUCCUCCCCUCCACCGGCGGCGACCGCCGCGUCCGCCUCUUCCUGCACGAGCACGACCCCUCGCCCUCGCCGGACGAGAACCACCAGGCGAUCCUCGUCCUCGACCUGCCACCCGGCCUCUCCGGCGCCGACAUCGCCGCCGCGGGGAGGGUAGUGCUCGAGUGCCAGAGGCAAUGGAACAACGGCGGCGGCGCGCUCCUCGAGUCGGCCAAGUGGCUGGUGUACUGCAACGGGCGGCGCGUGGGGUUCGCGGCGAGGCGGGGGGAGGCGUCGGACGCGGAGGGGUGGGUGCUGGAGAAGCUGUGGGCCGUCACCGCCGGCGCCGGCCGGCUGCCCGGCGGCGCCGGGGUGGAGUACAUGCGCGGGAGGUUCGAGAGGACCGUGGCGUCGUCGGAUGCGGAGUCGUUCCACCUCGUUGACCCCAUCGGAUGGCUGGGAUUCAACGGCAACGACGGCCUCAGCAUCUUCUUCCACAGGAUCUGAUCGAUCAUGCACUUGUGUCGUUUGCAUGAUAUCCAUGCAUCUGAUGUACCGAGAGGUUGUCGA